GUCCACUCGGACUCCCUCUACUUCUCCUCAUCAGACCAGUGUCUCUUCUCAACUCAGUCGUCUCUUACCAUCACUCAACAACCAGCGAGAGGAGCCACCUUUCCCCUCAGUGCAGGAUGCCUUUUGGAGGAGGAAACAAGUGUGGCUGCUGCCAGAAAACUGUCUACUUCGCUGAGGAAGUUCAGUGUGAGGGGAAGAGCUGGCAUAAAUCCUGUUUUCUGUGCAUGGUCUGUAAGAAGAACUUAGACAGCACAACAGUGGCUGUUCAUGUGGAUGAGAUCUACUGCAAAUCAUGCUAUGGCAAGAAAUAUGGGCCAAAAGGCUACGGCUUCGGAGGUGGAGCCGGCACUCUGAGUAUGGAUACAGGAGAAGGACUUGGAAUCAGGCCUGAAGUACAAGCUCCUCAUCGCCCUACAAAUAACCCCAACGCCUCCCCGUUUGCCCAGAAAGCAGGGGGCUCAGAUGUGUGUCCCCGAUGUGGCAGAACAGUGUACGCAGCUGAGAAGGUUAUCGGCGGAGGCAAUCCCUGGCAUAAGGGCUGCUUUCGUUGUGCCAAGUGUGGCAAAGGACUGGAGUCCACAACUGUUGCCGAUAGAGACGGAGAGAUCUACUGUAAAGGUUGUUAUGCAAAGAACUUUGGUCCCAAGGGAUUUGGCUUUGGUCAGGGUGCAGGAGCUCUGGCUCAUUCCCAGUAAAGCCUGAAGCUUCAGCCCACCUGGGGCUGACAUCUGGUACUCUGAUACCAUCGCUUCUAGGAUCCUUCCGUCAAUAAUCAAGGAUAUUUCACUCUGCCCUUUCACUCUAGCUACAGGCAAAAGAGGAAUGAGAGCUGCACACAGCUUUUUGCACAUGUUCACCAAUUACAUUUUGCUUCAUAUGUUGCAUUAGACUUUGGUGUAUAAUUUUCCAGGUAAAGCAAUGCUAAUCAUUUAAAAAACACAAUGAAUUCUAACUCUGGAUGUGCACAUCCUUUGUCUAUAAACUGACAAAUUAACAGCAAUUGGACUCCAUUACUAGAGGAAGAAAGACUGAACAACUUAAACAUUGUGGUUGCAAUAAGAGAUUCUCUGUAAUACAAGACUGAGACAAAUGUUGAGAAUGAUAAACAUCUGAAUCAGUUGGUGUCUGAGAAAGGAAACACAAUAACAUCAGCAUGUUUCACCACUGACAGCUGUGUCAAAACCAGCUAUAAAGAAGUCUCAGAUCAUGUUUCAGUGCACUCAAGAUAAAGCCUUCCUUUCUGCCUCACAUGUCAAAUGGUGUAAAUACUGUCUUGAAAUAUGUUUUAUUGCUGAGACGCAAAAAUAAAUAUAUUGCAUGUA